ACAUCAAGAUAUCCAGUUGAGUGAGCUCAUAUUCUUAUGGUGAUCAAACUUCCUACGAGUUCCAACAUCCGUGCCAAAACUUCCCACUGAGAUCCAACAUCCUUGCCAGGAAAUGAAUAUAGGAUGGUACAGAGGAAGUGUCGAACUGAACGAUUGAGAAAACUAAGCCGAGUCUGGUAAAGCGGGUUGCGUAUGCUCAUCGAGUUGUUGCUGAAUCAGACAAAGAUAUUAUUCAAUAUGGGAUGCAAGGGUUAUGUGGGAUCAGAAAACUAGACGUUCACGUGGUUUUGAACAAUGGGUGUUGGUGGUAUCGUGAAGUUACAAAAAGAGGUUCCGAAUACAUCCAUUCUCAGCAGCAAUAAUGUUCCCAUUAAGAAACUGUGUGGUGUUGGUGUUGACAGAGCAUUGCAAAUGAUAAACAAAAACAACUCACCCCUUAUCAAGGUCUUGCUUGCACGUAGCAGCGUAAUUAGGACCUCCCCUGAUAUUGUUCCUUUGACAUGGUUGGCAACUUUACAGGUUGAGAGUGAAAAUGCUUAUCAGUUCUGUCUUCGGCCUCCUGAUGCACCUUCCUUUAUAGGGAACACUAGCAAUUAUUUCAUCAAAACAGAUUCGAUAUUUAUAGCGAGGCAAUGGCUGGAACCCGGGCCAGAUGUGACUCAAAAGCCCUUGAUCUGCAGAUAGCCCUAGAUUUACUUUAUAGGUUAUAGCUUGAAUUGAGAGAUAUUUUUAACCAUCUUUAAUAUUUGGAUAUAUUGACUACAAGUUUGACAAUCGAUUUAUGGCAGGUAACUUUACUGUUUACGGGUGCAUUUGGUUCGCGGAAUUAAGUGGCAUUAGCCAGUCAUGAUCUUUUAAUUUUCCAAAUUUUGCUAACUCAUCUAUGUCCUAAAUUUAGGUCAUUGUUUGCUUGUAAACCGAUACAAGUUGAUGAUUGCAUAUUGAAGUGUGGUAUGCUUUAAUGGAAAUUUAUGAUCUUUUAUUAUCCCAAUGUUAUGUAGUCUGUGAAUUGGCCCCGGAUAAUCUGCAUCCUUCAAUAAAUUCUUUGUUUGGUGAGGACGUCGACAAUGUUGUGGGGUUGAUUUCAAUGAAGCCGUG